AUGCUUCUAUGCAAGGCUAGUCUAGGCUACUCGAAGAAAAAACAAGGACAUGCAAAAGAGCAAGAAAGAUUGGUUCCUUGGAUUCUUUGGAGGCUAUGGAAGAACCGUAACUGCCUUUUCUUUCAAGGAAAUGAGUAUGAUGCGCAGCAGUUAAUUCAGAAAGCUCAAGAGGAUGUAGUAGAGUGGGAAGAAAGAGAUGGGGAUGAAGAGCAUCUGAAUAAGGUACAAACUGGCUUAAGAACAACCUCUGCGUUACAACAAGCAACUCACAAAUGGAUGCCACCGCCACCUCAUUCUAAAGAGUUGGUGCAAGCGGUACAAAGGAAGACGAGCUGGGCGCAGAGUAUUCUAGUUACCAGCGAAAAUCUGAAAUACAGUAGGCCAAAAUCGACGAGGAAGAAAGGUAAAGCUAAAGCGAGCGAGCGAGGGAUUCGCGCAUCGGAGGCAGAUAUGCUUCAGUGUAUAUUUCUCCUCUCCGAUUCCGGAGAGGUCAUGCUGGAGAAGCAGCUUACGGGUCACCGCGUCGAUCGCUCCAUCUGUGCUUGGUUUUGGGAUCAAUCUAUUUGUCAAGGCGAUUCCUUUAAGUCACUUCCAGUGAUUGCUUCACCAACACAUUACCUUUUUCAAAUCGUUCGGGACGGUAUCACUUUCUUAGCUUGCAGUCAAGUUGAAAUGCCACCAUUGAUGGCAAUCGAGUUUCUUUGCAGAGUCGCUGAUGUUCUGUCUGAUUACCUUGGUGGGCUAAACGAAGAUCUCGUUAAGGAUAAUUUCAUCAUUGUCUAUGAGCUAUUGGAUGAGAUGAUCGAUAAUGGUUUCCCUCUCACAACAGAACCGAGCAUCCUUAGGGAAAUGAUAGCUCCACCGAAUCUAGUCAGCAAAAUGUUGAGUGUUGUGACGGGAAAUGCUUCCAAUGUUAGUGACACGCUCCCGAGUGGGACUGCCUCUUGUGUUCCAUGGCGACCGACAGAGCCAAAGUACUCUAGCAAUGAAGUCUAUGUUGAGCUCGAUGAAGAAAUGGAUGCAAUCAUAAACAGGGAUGGAGAAUUGGUAAAAUGUGAGGUUUAUGGCGAAGUACAAAUGAAUUCCCAGCUCACAGGUUUUCCAGAUUUGACAUUGUCGUUUGCAAAUCCGUCAAUCCUAGAAGACAUGAGGUUUCACCCGUGUGUCCGCUUCAGACCUUGGGAAUCUCAUCAAGUUCUCUCUUUUGUCCCUCCCGAUGGGCAGUUCAAGCUCAUGAAUUACAGGGUGAAAAAGCUGAAGAACACACCUGUGUAUGUAAAGCCUCAAAUAACAUCAGAUUCGGGUACAUGUCGAAUUAGCGUUUUAGUAGGUGUAAGAACCGACCCGGGAAAGACGAUUGAGUCGAUAUCCUUAAGUUUCCAGCUUCCUCAUUGUGUUUCAUCAGCAGAUCUCUCAUCAAAUCAUGGAACUGUAACCAUCCUCUCUAAUAAGACAUGUACUUGGACAAUCGGGCGAAUACCAAAUGAUAAGACUCCGUGUUUGUCAGGGACUCUAACACUGGAAACGGGUUUAGAACGGCUUCAUGUGUUUCCGACAUUCCGACUCGGUUUUAAGAUAAUGGGCAUUGCUCUAUCUGGCCUAAGAAUCGAGAAACUUGAUCUUAAAACUCUCCCUCGUUUGUACAAAGGGUUUCGUGCUCAGACCCGCGCUGGAGAGUUUGACGUCAGAUUGUAA